AUGAAUUCCGGUACGGGAGACGGGGGUCUCAUCUGGGAGCAGGACCCCGUCAAGCGCCGAAAGGUGGCAAAAAAGCUUCUACCCGCUUUCAGCACCAAAGCUAUCAAGACCAAGGAGCCAGUCAUGCACCAGCAUAUGGACCUUUUCAUCGAGAAGAUGAAGAGUGUCGGCCAAGGACCUGAGGGAGUUGACUUGGACAAGUGGAUGGUUGGGCUGGCAAUGGAUUUGUCGGCAGACCUUGCUUACGGCCGCGAGCUGCACCAUACACGAGACGGAAAAAGCUCCGACUUCAUGGAUACACUCCUGGGAACCAACCUCCUUGUGAUGAUGAUACAGCUUUCCAAGAAGUUUCGACUUCUCAGACCCCUCGUCUUUCUUUUCGUGCCCCCUAGACUCAUGAUAAAGGUUCCGAGGGCCUUCAAAAUGAACACUCAGGCGGUACAAAGUCGGAUUGACAAUCGCGGGAAGACGAAGCACCCAGAUUUCGUCGAUUACAUGGUCCCAGCUGACGGGCCUGGACCUACAACCAAACAGGAGAAGUUACACAUCGAACAGGUGGCGCUGCAGCUGUUCAUCGCAGGCUUCGACCCCAUACAGCUCCUGUUCUUCGGCUGUCUAUUCUUCUUUCUGAAAGAUCCCGAUGUUCUUGACACAGUGAAGCAGGAACUGAUUACCAAUUUCCAAAGCUAUGACGAGAUCACCCCCGAUGCACUGACUCAUCUUCCUUAUCUGAACGCGUGCAUCCACGAGACCUUGCGUGUACACUCAGUGAGUGCCGCCGGAAUGCCUCGAACAAGCCCAGGAGCAGUUGUGGAUGGGAUUUACAUCCCUAAAGGCGUUGUCGUCCAGACCAGUUACUUCACCAUCGGCCGCAACCCACAGAACUUCCACGACCCCUUGAACUACCACCCUGCACGCUGGCUACCAUCGGACCAUCCAAAGUAUGAAGCAAGGUUCGCCAAUGACAAACUGAAGAGCAUUUACCCCUUUGGUCUGGGUCCCAGGGUAUGCGCUGGGAGGGAGGUCGCAUGGAGCAUGAUUGGGUUAUUCCUCGGUAAGGUACUGUGGACUUUUGACUUGGAGAUGAUUAAGGGUCAGGAUGCGACCUUUGAUAAGGACUACAGUCUUCACAUCAUGUGGUAUAAGCCCAACGUCAGGGUGAGAUUUGUCCCACGAUGA